AUUAAAAUUGUUUGCUGCCUGAAAUAUUAUUCUGGAGUGAGAAACCCAACAUGCAUAUUACGGAUAUUCAUCAACAAUGUAAUUAUUUACCGCCUAUAUUUUGCUUCCAACAGAAGCUGGUAAUGCUUUUUGGGAUUGAUAUUUUUCUUUUGGUUAAAUAUCGACUCUACUUCCUGGGUAUUCUCACUUCACACCAUUACACACCAAAGUCAUUCUAAUUUUCACAACUUUUAUAAUUUUUGUCUUUUUUGCUUAUAGCAGCCCACUUUAUAUUACCACUCCACGCACAAACAAUUUCAGGCUUUUUAUAACAUGGACUCGAUUUUCUCUGCUGAAUAUUGCGAAUAUUCUCCAGUACACACCGGAAGCAAUUAUACCAACCAAAGCAAAGGUACCGCUUGGUUUUCUAUCAAGAAGUCUGCGCUUGGAUCCAUUGACUCUGGAUUCAAGGUAUUCAGCCGGGCAUUACGUGGCAAAACAUGGUCAUUCAUGAUUCCGACGGUCAAGCAGCAGAUUGCCCUGACCCUGAGUAAAGCAACAGUGGGGUCGCUGACAAUUAUCGAGAACGGUGAGUCAAUGGUAUUUGGCAACCCUGAUGACGGCGGCCCGCACAUCUGCCUGACCGUACUCAGUGAGCAGUUCUGGGUGCGCCUGAUGCUGGUUCAGGACCUGGGCUUUGCCGAGGCGUACAUGGCAGGCGAGAUUGCAGUCGACAACCUGGUCAACUUUAUCCGCUUCUACAUCUACAACCGCGCCGCGCUGGACACUGCGUCGUCGUCGCCGCUGGUCAGCUCGCUGAUGUAUCUGGCGAGCACGCGCUUUGGAAACUCAGUGCUCAACACGGCGAGCAACAUCAGCGCGCACUACGACCUGGGAAACGAAAUGUUUGAGAUGUUCCUCGACUCGUCGAUGACGUACUCGUGCGCCAUCUGGGACGGGCCUGGAGACACACUCGAGGCGGCGCAGCUGCGCAAGCUGGAUAUGCUUAUUGACAAGGCGCACCUCCGGCCGACCGACUAUGUGUUGGAUCUCGGUUGCGGGUGGGGCUCGCUGUCGAUGCGCGCUGUUCAGCGCACGGGCUGCCGCGUGCUGGGAAUCACGCUGAGCACCGAACAGAAGGAGGUUGCUGAGCAGCGCAUUGCAAAGGCCGGCAUGAGUGACCGCAUUAAAAUCAUGCUAAUCGACUACCGCAACCUAAACCCGGCCGAGCACUGCUUUGACCGCAUAAUCUCGCUUGAGAUGGUCGAGCACGUCGGGUACGAGUACCUGCCCGUGUACUUUGAGCAGUGCCACAAGCUGCUGCACCCUCAGCACGGCGUCAUGGUUUUGCAGGCAAGCACGAUGAACGAGGAGCGCUACUCCGAGUACCGGCACACCGUGGACUUUAUUAACAAGCACAUCUUUCCAGGAGGCCACUGCCCAAGCGUGUCGGCGCUGGUGGCAGGCGCGACCAAGGGCAGCAAUGGCAUGUUGAUGCUUGAGAGCGCGGCCAAUUUCCCCGACCACUAUGCCCGCACACUGCGCGUGUGGCGCGAGCGGUUUCUGAGCGGGUACGACAAGGUGCUGGCAAUGGUGGCGCCCAAGAACCCGCAGCUGAUUCUACAGGAGCGCGAGCUGGUGUGCAGUGCUGACAACAGCGCCAAUAACUGCGACACCGACCGGCCGCGCAUAUCCUCGGACAGCUCUGCAACCAAGUGCGGCAGCGACACUGCCGACAGCAUAACCGACACACUUGACAAGACAGGCAGCGUCGGCACCAGAGUGACCAGCUACAACGACGUCUUCCGGCGCAAGUGGGAGUACUACUUUGCAUACUGCGAGGGUGCCUUUGCUACACGCACACUUGGCUGCACACAGCUUGUGUUUAGCAGGACAUACAACGAGGACUUGUCCAACCCAUGGCUUAUUAGGUAAAUGGCAUUUUUACGACCUUUGUUUUUUAGUUUUAUUCCUCCAGUUUUUCUUUGUUAUAAUCGUGUUUAUUCUUUUCAGUUUCCAAGAUG